AUGGGAUUUCAAUGGCGAAUUCUCUUCUCCUCCUCUUAAUCCUUCUCCGAUCACCAAUCACCGGCCUCCACCUUCUUCUCAUCUUUCUUCACUCUCUUUUAUAACUCUCUGUUCCUUCAAAUUUUCCCGAAUCUUCUUCUUCAACUAGAAGCAGAUCUAGUGAUCUCUUUAAUGGCGUCAGUGUUCUUGUAUCACGUAGUGGGAGAUUUAACUGUAGGAAAGCCAGAGAUGGUUGAGUUCUACGAAACAGAGACGGUGGAAUCUGCAAUUAGAGCCAUCGGAGAGUCGACGGAGUGUGGGAUUCCGGUUUGGAGGAAGAGAUCGACGCCGAAUCUUCCUGGGUUUGUGGAGAAUAGUGAGAUGAGACAACAAAGAUUCGUUGGGAUUUUGAAUUCUUUAGAUAUUGUUGCGUUUUUGGCUAAGAGUGAGUGUUUGCAAGAAGAAAAAGCUAUGAAGAUUCCUGUCUCUGAGGUUGUUUCUCCUGACAAUACUCUGCUUAAACAGGUUGAUCCUGGGACUAGGUUGAUAGAUGCUUUGGAAAUGAUGAAACAAGGAGUAAGACGACUUUUGGUUCCGAGAAGCGUUGUUUGGAGAGGUAUGAGCAAGAGAUUCUCCAUUCUUUACAAUGGAAAAUGGCUGAAGAACAGUGAAAACUCUAGCAGUAGUAGUGGUCUCGCUGCUGACUCCACCAACAGGCCUACUACGUCCAUGACUUCAAGCCGUGACAAGUUUUGUUGUCUCUCAAGGGAAGACGUGAUCCGCUUCCUUAUAGGUGUCCUUGGAGCACUAGCUCCUUUACCACUCACAUCAAUCUCUACUCUUGGAAUCAUCAAUCAAAACUAUAACUUCAUUGAAGCCUCUCUUCCAGCCAUUGAAGCCACUCGAAGGCCACCGUGUGACCCCAGUGCGAUCGCCGUGUUGGAACAAACCGAAAACGAACAACAGUUCAAGAUAAUAGGAGAAAUCUCAGCUUCAAAGCUUUGGAAAUGUGAUUAUCUGGCUGCAGCUUGGGCUCUAGCUAAUCUAUAUGCAGGACAAUUUGUGAUGGGAGUUGAGGACAACAUGUCAUCAAGAUCAUUCAGCGACUUCCUUCAAACUUCAUUCCCAGGAGGAGAACAGAACGGAACAACAAAGGCCAAAAAAUUCAGCAGCAGGAGCAUCGGUUUUAAUCCAACAAGUCCGACAAGAUUAAGCAUCGGUAGGAGCAUGUACAGAGGAAGAAGUGCGCCGUUAACUUGCAAAACAUCGAGCUCAUUAGCUGCAGUUAUGGCUCAGAUGCUGUCUCACAGGGCCACACAUGUUUGGGUCACAGAGGCUGACUCAGAUGAUGUUCUUGUUGGAGUUGUGGGCUAUGGAGAAAUCUUGACUGCUGUAACUAAACAACCUUCUGCUUUCGUUCCUUCGAAUCGGUCUUAUGAAGGUUUUGGCAAUGAAAAUCAAAGCUAAGACUACAAUCAAAAUGAUCACAUUUCUUUGGCUGUUAUCGUGUGAGACGUUCUCAGGGUAGAAGGAUACUAUUUUUGGGUGUUUCAUCAAUUUGUGUACUAUUGUGUACUAGUGUCAGCUCCAAGAAGCAAAGUUAAAUUCUUUUGUGUCCUGUGAAAAAGUUGCUUUUGAGACGUUCUAAGGAUUGAAGGAUUUUAUAUUCUUGGGUAUUCAGUCAAUUUGUGUACUAUUGAGUCUAGUGUCAGACUCCAAGAAGCAAAAUUAAAUCAAUUUUUUUAAG